GCAGUUUGAAACUCAAGAUAGGCCUUGCGGGUGCUAGCUGUUCCUGUGAGCAGCUUAGCUGAGAACACACCGUUCGAACCUGAUCAGGGUAAAGCCUGCGCAGGGAUUUGGCCCACUUGCUUCAGCCACAAGAUGUUUGCGCCACGUGUUAGCAGCAGCUUGUUGCGCUUCGCCCAACGGGCAGCUGGUUGUCGUGCUAAGUCAGCUUUGGUGUCCGCUGUUCCUUCGGACCCUGCAGCCUAUGUUGCGAGCAAGUUGGCGCAGUUUGAUGCAAUGCAGUUCACUCCCAUUCGUGAGAGCACAGUCAGCCGUGAGAUGACACAGCGCUACAUGACAGAGAUGCUCGACUAUGCUGAGACAGAUGUGGUAAUUGUGGGUGCGGGCUCCGCUGGGCUUUCCUGUGCCUAUGAACUGACCAAGCAUCCGAACAUCAAGGUGGCCAUUUUGGAGCAGAAUGUCGCCCCUGGAGGGGGUUGCUGGCUGGGUGGCCAGCUGAUGAGCUCAAUGGUUGUUCGCAAGCCUGCCAAUGAGCUCCUUGAUGAGCUGGAAGUGCCCUACGAUGACAAGGGUGACUAUGUGGUGGUGAAGCACGCUGCACUCUUUAUGUCCUCCGUUUUGCGAAAGGCCCUCAUCGCACCCAAUGUGAAGCUUUUCAACGCGGUUGCUGUGGAGGAUCUGCUGGUGAGGCAAGAAGGUGACAAAGUGGGCGUGCGCGGUGUUGUGACGAACUGGUCCUUGGUAACCCAGAACCACGACACACAGUCCUGCAUGGAUCCCCAGGUUAUGGAGGCAAAAGUUGUCGUCACAGCCACUGGCCAUGAUGGCCCUAUGGGCGCCAGUUCUGCCAAGCGCCUUGAAUCUCUAGGGGCCCUACCUGCUGGCUUGCCUGGAAUGGGAGCGCUGGACAUGAACACCGCAGAGGAUGCAGUUGUGCAGAUGACCAGUGAGGUAGUGCCAGGUCUCAUUUUUGCUGGCAUGGAGGUAGCAGAAGCCCGUGGCUGCAACAGGAUGGGACCUACCUUUGGUGCAAUGCUCCUUUCUGGGCAGAAAGCUGCCAAUUUGGCUGUCCAAGCUUUGAACCGUUAGAAGCCAAGAGCGCUUUGAAGGUAGGCCUAAGAUCCUGCCCUAGCAAUGUUUCGGGCAUGGUAUGGCCAUAGAGUUUUGUGUGAGAGUGCUCGCUCGUUCCGGAGCAGUGUCAAAGUCGAGCAUGAAGAAACAUGUUUACACAUUCAGAGAAGAUUGAGAAGCACACAUUUCUGUUCGUUUGUUAAACAGUUUAGCAAAAC